UCAUCAGCAGUUUCUUGAUGUUUGGAAAGUUCUGAGACCCACCCUGUUGGACUACUUGCAACCAGUGCCUAAGACUACAGAAACGUGCGUGUGGAAGAACCUUUCCUUGAAGGAAGUGUCCGUCACAGCACUGUGGAAACUCCUUGCAGGCCUGGCAAGGCAGGAGAGCAGUUUGUGCUUCUGCUGAGGCUCGUGUGUAAUCUCUGCUUCUUAUGCACUCCAGCACCCCUAUCAGCUCCUUGUUCUCCUUCACCAGCCCCGCAGUGAAAAGGCUGCUGGGCUGGAAACAAGGAGAUGAAGAAGAAAAGUGGGCAGAAAAAGCUGUGGAUUCGUUGGUGAAGAAGUUAAAGAAGAAAAAAGGAGCCAUGGAAGAACUGGAGAGGGCUCUGAGCUGCCCGGGUCAGCCCAGUAAAUGCGUCACCAUCCCUCGUUCCUUGGAUGGGCGGCUGCAGGUGUCUCACCGCAAGGGGCUUCCCCACGUCAUAUACUGCAGAGUGUGGCGCUGGCCUGAUUUACAGUCUCACCAUGAGCUGAAACCACUGGAAUGUUGUGAGUUCCCUUUUGGCUCGAAACAGAAAGAGGUGUGCAUCAACCCCUACCAUUACCGGCGGGUGGAAACCCCAGUCCUACCUCCUGUACUCGUUCCAAGACACAGUGAGUUUAACCCUCACCUCAGCCUGCUUGCCAAGUUUCGAAACACUUCUCUGCACAGCGAGCCACUGAUGCCGCACAAUGCCACUUACCCGGAUUCUUUCCAGCAUCCUCCUUGCACCCCUUUUCCAUCAUCCCCCAGCCACAUGUUCUCCCAGUCACCCAACAGCAUCAGCUACCCCAACUCACCAGAAAGCUCUUCUGGACCAGGAAGUCCCUAUCAGCUCACGGUGGAAACUCCCCCUCCACCCUACCAUGCAAGAGAACCUCCAGGAAUCCACAAUGGACGGUCAAUGGACGCACUAGCUGAAAGUCAACUAGUGCUGUCUUUGCCCAAUGGAGACUUUCGGCCUGUUUGUUAUGAGGAACCCCAACACUGGUGCUCAGUUGCCUACUAUGAACUCAACAACCGGGUAGGGGAGACUUUCCAGGCCUCCUCUCGAAGUAUCCUUAUAGAUGGAUUUACAGAUCCUUCAAAUAACAAAAACAGGUUCUGCCUGGGUCUGCUCUCAAAUGUAAACCGCAAUUCUACUAUAGAAAACACCAGGAGACACAUAGGAAAAGGCGUCCAUCUUUACUACGUGGGCGGGGAGGUUUAUGCCGAGUGUGUCAGUGACAGCAGUAUUUUUGUGCAAAGCCGCAACUGUAACUACCAGCAUGGUUUCCACCCAGCCACGGUCUGCAAGAUCCCCAGUGGCUGCAGCCUCAAGAUCUUCAACAACCAGCUCUUCGCCCAGCUGCUUGCCCAGUCAGUCAACCAUGGCUUCGAAGUGGUGUAUGAGCUCACCAAGAUGUGUACUAUUCGGAUGAGCUUUGUUAAAGGCUGGGGAGCAGAGUAUCAUCGCCAAGAUGUUACAAGCACGCCCUGCUGGAUUGAGAUCCACCUGCAUGGACCAUUGCAAUGGCUGGAUAAGGUGCUGACACAGAUGGGCUCACCUCACAACCCCAUCUCCUCAGUCUCUUAAGAAUCAUCUCUAGAAUUCCCUUAGGAUGGAUGCUAUUGCAGGCAGUGGCU